GCCGGCCCCGGCGCUGGCGCCGCCCGCCGCCGCCCGCCCGCUUCUCCCUAUUUUAGUCACGGCGGCGGCGAGGAGCGGCGUUUGGAGCCCGUCUCCGUCCCGUCUGGGCGGCCGGGAAACUUUUCCGGAGGGGCAGGAAAACGGCGUUUCUGGGUUCUCCUCGGGGGCAGCAGCUGCCCGCUCAGGCAAGGGCUGACUCGGGGAGUAUCUCUACUUCCACAAAACCGACCCGGGACCCGGGGAUUUCCGCCACUGACUGGGGGUUUCCCUUCAUAGGCUGCUGUUAUUCGAUUCUUCUCUCUCCCCAUCAACAAAUGAUCAGAUGAAGUUACAGAUGACAUGGCCAAAGUCAAAACAAUGCAUGAACUGAUGAGAAACAGCAUUGCCUUCUGAGAACGUUAGCUUCCUAGUUGCUGGAAAUCCUAAGUGUGACUUUACUACCAAAGGAGAACCUGAUGUUAUGUGAUCAUUGAGCAGAGUUUGCCAGAAUGGAAAAGCGAAGGACCCUGCUAGCUGCAUCUCAUAAAUAAAAAUUUCCAAGAUUCAGCUGAGCCAAAAAAUUAUUCCAGCCAUGGGAGAAAAUGCAAGUUUUUGGGAAAGUCUGAUAUACGCCCAUCCCACGUGUACCACCUGGAAGCAAGAGGCAGAGGGAUCUAUCUACCACCUAGCUAGUAUUCUCUUUGUUGUGGGCUUCAUGGGUGGAAGUGGAUUCUUUGGGCUUCUCUAUGUCUUCAGCUUGCUUGGAUUGGGCUUUCUCUGCUCAUCUGUUUGGGCUUGGCUGGAUGUCUGUGCUGCUGAUAUAUUCUCCUGGAAUUUUAUACUGUUUGCUAUAUGCUUCGUCCAGUUUAUUUACGUUACCUACCAAGUUCGGAGUGUUUCCUUUGACAGAGAAUUCCAGGAACUCUACAGCGCUCUCUUCCAGCCUCUUGGAAUUUCCUUGACUGUCUACAGAAAGAUUGUCUUGUGCUGUGAUGCAGAAGUGGUUACCCUGGAGAAGGAGCACUGUUAUGCCAUGCAGGGCAAAACACCGAUUGAUAAACUGUCCUUGCUUGUGUCGGGCAGGAUCAGAGUGACAGUUGAUGGGGAGUUUCUGCAUUACAUUUUUCCUCUUCAAUUUCUGGAUUCUCCUGAAUGGGAUUCACUGAGGCCCACAGAAGAGGGAAUUUUCCAGGUAACGCUCACAGCAGAGACGGAUUGUCGGUACGUGGCCUGGAGGAGAAAGAAGCUGUAUCUGCUGUUUGCUAAACACCGGUUCAUCUCCCGCCUGUUCUCAAUUUUAAUUGGGAGCGACAUCGCUGAAAAACUGUAUGCCUUGAAUGACAGAGUGCACGUGGGGAAAGGCUUUCGGUACGACAUUCGGUUACCGAACUUCUACCACGUUUCACUGCCAGAGACCCCCCUGGUGCAGCCCUCCCACCACCUACAGAGAGGGUCCCCCCGGCGGGAGCCCACGGGGGUUACAAACUGCCGCUCCUUCAGCACGCAGCCCUAGGAAGGGAAACUCUGCUGCAGCCGUUCCCCAAAGCCGUGAAGGGAAACGCAAAGUGGUGAAGCAGAAGAGCAAAAAGGUGAAGCAGGAUGAGACCCAGUCAAGCCAAAUUUGACUGACAAGUGCCAUUUACUUUCAUUGGAGUAGCUUGAAUUCUUCCUCUCUCUAGAGCCAGCGGGUUGGCUUCUGCAUUUUGACUGUGCAAUAUGUUCAGUUUCUGUUGAAUCUUUUGUUGACUUUUGUCUCCUUGCUUUUGAAGGAAAACAAAUCGUAACAGGCUGAAGUUUCAUUGUAUCUGUGGUGGCCUCUGUGUUGUAUUUUUUUAAAAAAAAACAGACUCGCGGUAUUUGUAAUUACACUUUCUCAAAAUUAUUUGCCAUAACGUAUAGUCAGUAUAGUCAAUGAAAACAAGUAAGUUGUCUUCAAAAUACAGCAACUUGCUUGUAACGUUGAUGUUUAUGCCUGUAACGUUGAUGUUUAUGCCAUGUGAACAUUGUCUCUAUUAACAUGAAGAAUAUUGCAGAACAAGACUAAGAGACCAAUUGAAUUGGUUUUGUUUUUUAAAGAGAUGAAAGAUUUUUGACACGAACAGCAAGAUUCUUAAAAAAACCAAAACCAAAACCAAAAAACAAACAAGCAACAAACAAACAAAAGAAAACAACAAAAUUCUGUCCCAUGAGCAAUUGGUUUCUUUCUGACUGUCCUAAAGAGGUAUUAUGUGAAAACAAACACAAAUGUAAUCACUGGCAUUAGAGAAGUAAAGCCAUUUUAAGUACUGCAAAUAUAGAGCUUAGGGAAAUAUUUGUAUAGUGUUUCUGAUAGAAUGUGAUGCUCUAGGACCUAGGCUUCUGCCGUGUCGGUGCCAUUCAUGACAUGUACAGUAAAUACUGUUAAUCAGUCAACUGCCAAACCAUUGGAGUUUGUUUUACGAUAUUCUUUUUAGCCGGGUUUGUCAGGAAGAAACUGAGAAACAACCGCAGCAAUAAAUACAAUUUUUAAC